AGCGGAGCAGACACUGCAAAGCGCAGGCUGGCUGUCACCUCCCCUCCGUCGAGCUGUCAGUUGACAUGAACCUCCAUACCGCACACGGAUUUGAUCACCCGUUCAUCCCACGUCUAAAUAUCUGCUCCUCGGCGUUUCAACCGGGACAACAACAUGACAGGAUACACCCCUGUUAUCUCCAGGGACUGACCACAGACGCGUAGGAGGAAGGCUGAGCCGCUCGCUGGUGUUAACAGUCAGUUAGCUCGCAAGCUAACAGUGGCUAGCAGGUGACCGGAGCCCGGCGCUGCUUUGUGCCGUCAGUUAGCUGCGAAGGUCGGACUGGCGUUAGCUGGUAGUCGAGCGGUUAGUUAGCCAUUCAGCACCACUAAUGUGUCAUUUUAAUAAUUAGUUGUGAGAAGCUGUGUGACAUUUUGGUUUUCAUUCGUCGCGUUGUUUCCCACUUUUGCUGUUUUACUGCGUUUACUAUUACUACUAUUUUUAUUUUUUACAAAAGAAAAGAUAUCGUUGAUGUUUGCUUGCUAGCUAGCAAGCUGGCUCUUUAGCUAACGGUAUGCUAACGCCAGCUCAGUGAGACUUCACAUCGCAGGGGAGCUCCAGACGAGUCAAGGAAGGAAGAGAGGUGGCUUAUGAUGUGGGCUGAGGGAAGUGGCGGACUGUUAGGCGAAGGAGAGCAGCAGUAUUAGCUUUAAACACAUCGUAUUUUCCUUAUAUUUGUCAUUGUCGAGGGAGGGCCAUCGCGUCAGUCAAGCUGUGUGGGACGUUGGAUGAAGAAAAUAAUAAUAGGGGCACUUUGACUUGCAAGCUGGCUAAAUGAAUAGUAUUGGUGUCAACUGAGUCGUGAGCUUGUGGCCAUUGUGCCAGCUUCAAGGGAAAACACUCUUGUCAAGAUUAUCGCACAGACUGCAAUAACCACCCAGUUUACUUAAAGAUGGCUUCAGCGAGCAGUAUUGCCGCAUCUAUUGCGAGCAAAACGAAGACCAAGAAAAAACACUUCGUUGCUCAGAAAGUGAAGCUCUUCCGUGCCAGCGACCCUCUGCUCAGCGUGGUUAUGUGGGGAGUCAACCAUUCGAUAAAUGAGUUAAGCCAUGUUCAGAUUCCCAUCAUGCUCAUGCCAGACGACUUCAAGGCCUAUUCUAAGAUUAAAGUGGACAACCACCUCUUCAACAAGGAGAACAUGCCCAGCCAUUUCAAGUUCAAGGAGUACUGCCCUCUCGUGUUUCGAAACCUCAGAGAGAGAUUUGGUAUCGAUGACCAGGAGUUCUUGAACUCUCUGACACGUAGUGCUCCCUUGAACAGCGAGGCCCAGGGACGAAGCGGGGCCCGCUUCCACACCUCUUACGACAAACGCUAUGUCAUCAAGACCAUCAGCAGCGAGGAUGUGGCAGAGAUGCAUAACAUUCUAAAGAAGUACCAUCAGUUCAUUGUGGAGUGCCAUGGCAACACUCUGCUGCCUCAGUUUCUGGGGAUGUACCGGCUCACCGUGGAUGGAGAUGCAACUUACAUGAUUGUUACACGCAAUGUUUUCUCCCACCGCCUUUCCGUCUAUAAAAAAUAUGAUCUCAAGGGUUCCACUGUGGCAAGAGAGGCCAGCGACAAGGAGAAGGCCAAGGAGCUGCCCACCUACAAGGACAAUGACUUCAUCAAUGAUGGGCAGAAGAUCUACAUUGACGACGAAAACAAGAAAAUGUUCCUGGAGAAGCUUAGGAAAGAUGUAGAGUUCCUGGCGCAGCUGAAGCUCAUGGACUACAGUCUGCUGGUGGGGAUCCACGAUGUGGAGCGAGCAGAGCAGGAAGAGGUAGAGAGCGAGGACAAUGAGGCGGAAGAAGAGGGCGAGAGUGACGGAGGGGGCGUCGGGACCCCCCCUGACAGUCCUAGCAACACCCUGGACAGCAGCAAGCCUCUGUCACCCGGAGAAUUUGAUCCUACCAUUGACGUCUACGCCAUCAAAAGCAAUGAAAGUGCUCCCAGGAAGGAGGUUUACUUCAUGGCCGUCAUAGACAUCCUGCAGCAUUACGAUGCCAAGAAGAAAGCCGCCCACGCUGCCAAGACUGUCAAACACGGGGCCGGAGCUGAAAUCUCCACAGUGAACCCAGAGCAGUACUCCAAGAGGUUUUACGAUUUCAUCACCACUAUCCUGUCAUAGCCCCCAGGAACAACAGGAGGCACAGAGGCACAUGGGAAAGGGAGGGCAAGCGGGGAGUAGGGUGGAGAAGAUACGUGAUGGAGAGAAAAAGAAAAAAAAAAAAAAAAAACAUCGAGAGGCUGAAUUAAAAAGGUGCUGUGAUGGCUUCGUAUCACUCUCUCCCUCAUGCGUUCUCCUCAUCCCUCCCUGUUUGUUCCUCUUUCUCUUUCAGCGGGGUGCCACGCUCUGCAGCUAAAAACAAAAAACAAAAAAAAAAAAACCAUCAUUCGUUUACAUUUAACCUCUCCUCUGUUGAGUUGUGUUCAUGUGUUACAUUGGAUGAUAAGGGUGUUGAAAGCAAGUGUCCAAUUCAUUGCGUUUUUUUUUUGUUUUUUUUUUAAUAUGAUUUGUUUUUGUCUGUAUGGUUGUUUAUGUGGAAAUAUGGCUUUUUUUUAUUGCCUCUAACACAACAUACAACACCCUGCAUUGUUCAAGUUGAUGUUUGUGUACGUCUUUCAUUAAUGAUGUUCAGGGGGAGGUUGGGGAAGAUAUGUUGUGGUAUAAGUGUGAGAGGUCAAGGGGACGGCUGAGCGGGACGUAAAGAGGAAGUUUAUGUUGAGCCUCGCCUAAUGCAAUUGCUUAAUGUCAGGGAGUAGGAAGCAGUCUUCCAAUAGGCCAACAGCCAGACCCCCCACCCCCCUCCCCACCCCACACAAAUGCUAUACAAGUCCUCAGCCAAACAAAUCUUCCCACUCGGGCUCCUCCUCCAUCACUCACCCUUCAGACCAUUCCCCUUCUUCCCAUGUUCUUCAUGUACAGUGAAUGGCUUGAGCUUCUGGGUCAUCCUCUUGCCACACAUUUCUCAUCAGCUGAGAUGAGUUCACUUGUUGCGGUAAAUUAUAACGCUUGUUUAGGGGCACUAGUUGCACCUCUGUGUCGCUCAGUGCUUUGUUGUGAUACACAGUGAUUUAAGAGUGAUUAAGGGAAGCAAGGAGAAGAAGAGGGAUUCAAGUGCACAAUUUCUCUUUGGUGUCAUUUACUUGCAUUCAUUCUGAAUAAUUUGGGCAUUGUUAUGUAGUCUGGUUUCUGUUCCUGUGGCAGGGAAUGACCUCAAAAAGUCUUGUGCGGCUGUAGUGAUUCAGAGUAAAAGUCACUCCUUGUUAUAUCUUUGUUUAGAUUGAAACAUCAGCAGCCCUUAAGUUUCUGUUGCCAUCAGCACCUUAUGAGUAAAAUCAAAAAUGUUGCACUUUUAUUUGUCGUUCGAGGUUAGGAGCUCUUGUUCUGUUACAUGCGCUGCAACAAAGAGGAAAAGGAGCUUGGCUCUCUUAGAAUUGAAUCUUAGAUGCCUGAUCUUAAAUCCCGUCUCCUCCACCGUUCUUAACCUGUGAGCACUUCUUACAGAUCCGCAGGGAUUGGAUGGGAAGAAUUUACUGCAAUAUUUGAGCAGGAAAGCAGACGAGUUCUGUUUACAGGGCUUUCUUUCGUAAACUAACCUUUUUCCAAUCCUUUUUAGAAGUGCGCCACGGCAGGGGGGCUGUGGUGGAUUUUGGGAGCAGGCGACAGCGUGGCCGUGCUUGUGCGUUCAGGGCAGACGGAAGGCAGUUUACCUCCAGCAUCGUACCAGCACACACCCAACGCCGGGUGUGUGUGUCAGUGUUCAAAAGUUGUAAAAAGGGGGAAAGGAAAGGGGAGGAGGGAGGUUGGGAAGAGUAGCUACAGAUGUAAAGAUACAUGUUGUAAGUCAUUUAGUAACAUCAACAGCAUCGUUCUCUUCUCUAACCUCAGCUGUGAGUCUGUUAUUCAUCGUUGUUUGUGUUGUUGUUUUUUUAAAGGUGGUUUAUCUGUGUUUGAAUCUGGCGGUUUUAUGAAUUGAUGUGGUAAUAUUUUUUUUUUGUUUGUUUCUGUUUGAGAUUUUUUUUUUUGUUGUUUUGGUUUUUUUGUAUAUUUUGCACAAGAGGAAAGGAACCAAAUGUUACGAAUACGACCCCAAUUAGUUGAUACGGUCUUAACAAGGGAAAUGCAAUAUACUUGUAUGUAAGUGCGAAACGUUGUUGUGCGUGUGAUGUUGUGUAUCACUUCUGGAUAACCAACUAAAACAAGUAAAGUCGUCCUCCUUGACUAUUCUUACCCAUGCAAAAAGCUUCCAUCACAAUAUGUUUGUGUAGAUAUCAUAGAUUAUAUUCACAUUUAUAUUUUUACAUUGGAUUUUAGUCAUGAGAUAUAGCUGUAUUUAAAAAAAAAAAAAAGGAGCCACCCUUGGGAGUGAAUGAUGGUGCUGUGGUAAAUGAAGAAUGAUACUGCUUGAAUUUAUACAAUGCUUACUAUAGGUGUACUUAAGUCAAAAGUCAUAAAAAAAAAAAAAAACUUGCAUGUCACAGGAAUUCCUUUCCCCUCUCUAGUCGGUGUUGUUCAGGUUCUCUUUGUGUCCCCACACUUUAACCAGAUUUGUGAGCUGUUCAGCGUAAUAGUCCCUACCAUGCUUUAAAUAAGUGUUUUCAUUGUAUACACUGUGCAAGAUGUGUGCCUUUAUACUCCGAAAUUAUUUAAUUUUUAUAUUUUGUAAUCUUUUUUUUUUAAAACAAAGGUAAAAGGUUAUUUUAAUAAUAGGGUGUUUACUUUGACAUGCAUUAUUCCCGACUUUAUUUUCAACCCUUCGUCCACUCCAGCGCCUCUGUAUUUAGACUCGUUCAUGUUAUCCAGUCAGUUCAAUGUUAAACCAUUCUAAUGAUUGUGUUUUAACCAAUAAAAAAAAAAAAAGGUGAAUAGCUGUGUUAAAUUUCCAGAUGGUGGAUCGCUUCCGAUUCUGUAGAUUCAAAUCCAUCAUUCUGAUUAUUCAGUGUGUACGGGCGACCCUUACCCUCCUCCUCCUCAGAGCGAGGGCGGCGUCUGUGCUCAUGUUACUCCCUUGUUCAGUCACGCUGGUCCUGCCUUUUUUUUAAAAGAAUGUGUGUGUGUGGAUGUGCAAUCGUGGAGUGUGUGUGUGUGUGUGUAUGUGUGUGUGUGUGUCGUGAUUGUAUUUUGUUGUGUUCGUCCUCGCUAACUGACCCCCACCUCAGGAGACUGUCAUCUUCAUCACAUUUACCCACUAACCACAGAUGCAGUCACAUUUCAGGAUUUUUUUUUUUUUUUUUAAUAUGUAUUUUUUUUUAAUGUUUGUCCAAGAUUUCACUUACUCCUGUUCAUUUCUGACACAGAUUUCUGUUCUUGUGCUUCACAUCUUUUAAAGUUCUCCCAUCAGCCUGCUUGUUAUCAGGGAGGUUAUCAGCUGAUAGUUCAUCCUGAGUCAGUGGUUCGUUGAUAUUUCUGUGUUCUUUCUCUAUAAAUGGGCUGUUUUGUUUCUGUUGUCACAUAUAGCUCAUACUGUACAUAGGUUGCUCAGUUUGGCCCUGCAGGCUUCCGUGUAGUCAGACUUAAGCAAGUGUAGAAAACAGAGCAGUGCAUGCUGGGAGAGUGAGUUUUUUUUUGUUUUGUUUUUUGUUUUGUUUUUUUGUUUUGUUUUGAGGAAUAUUAACUCUGGAUGUCGUGUUAGGAAGGUGUAAUGGCAGACUUAAACAGAUGCAAAUUAAACACAUAUGCCCUGCUGCUGUACCUUGAAAUUAAUCCUUGCUUCAUCCACCAGUCAACCUGCUGCACCAUUAACUUGCCAAAAGCGUCUUUCAGCAGUCAAAACCUCCCCACAUGAGCUUGAAGAACAUUGUGUAUCAUAUAAUGUGUCUGUUUGUUUGAACUCAAUUUGUUGUUUUGUUUUGUUUUUUUUUUUUUGAGUUUUUUUCGACGUUUACUGGGAGAGAGCGAGGUGCAUCAUUCAUAUGUGAACUUGUCCAAAGUUAUGGGGAAACAGCCCUGUGUUCAUGUGGUUUAUCAAGUGUUAAGGGAAAAUUAAAUUGCAAAUGUAAAUGAGCAGAGGCCAGGCAAAUCUGCAGAGCUUGGAAAAUGUCCUUUUUUUUUCUUUUAGGCCUUAUGAUCUAAAAUCAACAAAUCUUUGAGGAGAAAGUGGUCAAAACUAAUCGAAUCUGUAGAGUUUGCAUGCAAAUGUCAAAAUAAAAGGCCAGGAAAAAAAACAACCUUGCAGAUUGUGCUUCGGUCUCUCAACAGCCCCGAGUACUUAUAGCAGUGGUUAUAGCAUUACUGUGUGUGUAUGUGUGAAUGUGUGUGUUUAUUGCUGUUCGACAAUGGUCGGUGAGAGUUCCCUUUCAGUGGCACAGAGGCCAAAAUGAUGUUGUAUGUUUAUUGUUCUUCACAUUUAAUGAUGAUGAUGAUGAUGAUAAUAAUACACUCCAUUCCAUAAGCGUUCACUCAAACCAAUUAAAGCACUUGUUCUGCUUAACUCAA